UAUUGGGUAUGAAGUGUAAUGACAUAAGUGUGAAAGGUUUAAAUAAAUUAAAUGCUUAAAGUUGCGUUUUAGAAACAUGUGAUUGGCUGAUCAGAGAACUGUGACCUGGAGCAGGUAAACACUCAAAUAGAGCAGACGUAAAUAGACUUAAGAGACUUACUUUAAUUUCCCAGAAAAGCUUCGAAUGAAAACACUGUGUGUGCGAGAGUAUUUAAAGACAAGUAAAGGUAUAGCAGUGAUUCUGAAAGAGUAAAGUGUCCGCCAGUGUAGAAGUGGAGCUUGUUUUACUUGGCAUUACAUCACCGAAAACAUGCAGCAAAUCUACACACAGAGUCAUGAAGAAUUUGAAGUAUUCACCACUGUGCUGUCUCCUCAAGUUUGUCGGAGAAGAGUAAUACUCAAGCACCAAGGAGAAAUGGUGGUUGUGGUGACAGGAUACAGUGCAGAAUAUGAUGAUGAGGUGUGCGUCUGUGCUGGGGAAGUCGUGAUGCUGCUGUAUCAGGAAGAUGCUGAAUGGUGUUAUGUUCGACUGCAGAAUGGACGGGAGGGAUACCUGCCCACUGCCUGCUUAACACAGAAACAAGAUCCGUUGCCGCCUAUCGUGACUAAGCAGAGCUCCAUGCAGGAAUCUCCUCGUGUUCGCAGUGUCUGCACAGAACGCUCUUUGAAACUUCCAAGACGAGCAUCAUUAUCAGGAGUACCUGGUUCACCUCGAUUACUUCAGCGGCUGCUCACUCGACCCCGUCGACGCAGUGAAGGACAGGCCACACAUCUAGUUGGCGCUAUCAAUCCUGCAUUCCAUCCAGACUGACUCCGCCCCAAAAUGCCAUUACCUUUAAGCUCCACCCCUGGACCUCUAAGCUCCUCCUUUACCUUAUAAGCACAGAAGAACAGAAAUUAAGCCAGUUUAAAAGUUCAGUCCUCAUGUACAGUAACUCCAUAUUACCUGACCUGGUCUUAGGAUCUGAAAAUUCACUAUUAUCAUAUUGAGUUGACCCAAAUGUACAUAUGUAAAUAUUGUAAUAGUUAUUUUCAAUAAAAAGUUUAUAAUCAUAA